CAAGCUAGCACACUGAUCCUCUCGCCACGGCCUGUUGAUUCCUCCACAUAAUUCCUCUGCGGCAGCUGCAGGCGCACGGGUAAUAGUUAAGAAAGAAUCCCUGCUAGCCGUCGCCACUCUCUCUCGCCGUCGUGAGCUUGCUUGAAGAUCUGGUGGUGCUGCAUAGGGGGGAGGAUCGACCAAGGCUGGACUCGAUCGGCAUGGCCUCCUCCUUCAACAACAGGCACUGGCCGAGCAUGUUCAGGUCCAAGCACGCCGCCGAGCAGUGGCAGCCGCAGCCUGACAUCAGCAGCUCGCCGCCGUCGUCCCUCCUCUCCGGCGGCGGCAACACCACCAACACCGGCGGCUCCUGCCUCAACAAGCACCCCUCCUCAGGCUACGCAGGCGGCGAGGAGCGGACCCCGGAUCCGAAGCCGCGGUGGAACCCGCGGCCGGAGCAGAUCCGGAUCCUGGAGGCCAUCUUCAACUCCGGCAUGAUCAACCCGCCGCGCGACGAGAUCCCGCGCAUCCGCAUGCGCCUGCAGGAGUACGGCCAGGUCGGCGACGCCAACGUCUUCUACUGGUUCCAGAACCGCAAGUCCCGCUCCAAGAACAAGCUGCGGGCCGCGGGCGCCGCGCGCCCGUGCCCCGCGCGCGCGCCGGCCCGCGCCGCCGCCGUCACGCCGCCCCCGCCCCCGCCCCCGGCGCCGCCGCAGCUCCUGACGACGACGCAGCAGGUCCAACUGCUCGCCUCGCCCGUGCCGCAGGCGGCGCCCACUUCCUCGUCCUCGUCCUCCUCCGACCGCUCCUCGGGGUCCAGCAGGCCGGCCGCGAAGCGAGCGGCGCAGGCGAUGUCUCCCACCGCGGCCAUGGACCUGCUCGGCCCGCUCGCCGCGGCGUGCCCCCAGAUGUACUACCAGGGCCAGCCCGUUGCACCGCCGGCCUCGGCGCCCGCGCACAAGGUGCACGACCUCGUGGCCUCCGACGAGCCCAUCUUCCAGCCGUGGCCGCAGGGCUGCUGCCUGUCGGCCGCCGAGCUCGCCGCCAUUCUCGGGGGUCAGUACAUGCACGUUCCAGUGCCCGUGCAACAGCAGCCACCGGCGGCGUUGCCCGCCGGAGCGUUCCUGGGGCUGUGCAACGAGGUGACAGAGCCGGCCAUCACCGGCCAAAGAACCUGCACCACCUGGGGCGCAGGGCUCGGGCAGUACUGUCCCGGUGGCGGCGCCGAGCAUCAUCAGCUCGGCAAGAACACCGACGCGGCGCCUGCCAGGGAGGUGGCGCACGAGGACGCCACGAAGCUGGGGUUGCUGCAGUACUGCUUCGGCGACAGCACGGCCGUGGACGCGACCGCCGGUGCUGCAACGAUGCGGGACGCUGCUGUCACCGUGGCGACCGUGGCUGCCACAGCUACUACGGCUCGGCUGACAGGCUUGCCUGCAAGUAGUGCUGCUCCUAAUGGCGUCGUCGCCAACUAUGAUCUGAUGCAACUGCAAGGACUAGCAGCGGACGGGGCCCUCGGCGCCGGGGCCACCACCACCAGUACCGGCGCGCCGGUUGCCGUUGCCACGGCGGCGGUGGCGGGGGAGCAGCAGGAGGGCGGCGGCGUCGCGGCGCUGUGCAUCACGGACAGCGUCACGGGCAGGAGCGUGGCGCACAGCGUCGCGGCGGCGAGGCUCGACGUGCGGGCGCAGUUCGGCGAGGCGGCCGUGCUGUUCCGCUGCGCCGGCGAGCGCGGCCUCGACCUCGAGCACGUCCCCGUGGACGCGUCGGGCUGCACCGUGCAACCGCUGCAGCACGGCGCCUUCUACUACGUGCUGGUAUAGAGAACGGACGCAAAGCGUGCAGAAGCAAGCGUUCCCGGCCGUGCCGUGCAAAGGCCUACUAUUAGUACGUGACAAGUGGUUUAGGGUAUCAAGAAUAUAUGCUGCAUUGCUGCAUGUGUGCACCGAUUUAUCCAUGCUUUUGUUGUGUUCUGUUGCGUCUUGCGUGCACUGCAGCACGCUAGCUAGGCAGUAAGAACAUUACGGAGCUAUAUCAUGCGAAAGUAUGUCCUGAUCGUAUGUUGGUGUACGUCUCUGCAAGUAUAAUUACUAGUGAGUACUGUACCAGCAUCUUAAGAAAAUGUUAAGCCUAGCUUGGCAGUAGUAGACCAUGUGCAAGUUCUUCAUCU